UAAAAUAAUAACAAAUAUUAGCGUUUGCAUACUCAAACAAAAAACAUUUAUAUCAAUUUCAAAUUCCUUUAUCUUACGGACUUCGUAUUUAUUAAAAUUACCCAAAACAAUUCAAGUGAACGUGCUAAUGUAUUAUUACAUUAAAAAGUUUAAUUAACGGUGAUUCGGACAAGCUUAUAAUUAAAGCGGUUGUAAAUUGUUUAAAGUUGUUAUUAACUGACGUAAUCAGGCCGUGACUUCAUCGGUACAUGCCGUCGGCUUUUAACGAAAGUGGUUUCCUUGCGGGCUCGAAAUCGGGGCGGCGAUUAAGGGGAACUUUCAAAAGUGAUUCGCAAUUUCCUAUGCGAGUGAGCGGGGAUGAGUGUGCAAGUUCUGGCGUAGCGGGACAGGCGAGCGCAGUUCGGGCGAUUGGGACUUGCCGAUGUAAUUUAAUUAAAAUAAACAAGCAUGAACGACCCGUGGGACGUGAAGUCCCGCCUGUCCGGCCAGUAUGUGUCCUGUAUGAAGAUAAAUGGAGUGCCACUGCUGCCACCACUUCUUUCCAAAGAAUGUCGGAAAGAAAUGCAAUACUACAAACUUCUUGCUAAAGAGGUUGAAAAACGGAUAACAGAGCUGAAACCCUAUGUCAGUGAUGAAGACUGCACUCAGGACGACACUGAAGCCCCUGAACUGCCACCAGAAUAUGAACACCCCGAGCUGUCCGCCCAUGAAAUCCUACAAGUGUUUGACAGCAAUGUCACAGUCUUCAGACAAGAUAAAGCAAAUUUAUCCCCCUCUACUAACUCCCCAGACUUGUGCAAUAGUGUUUCGUCCAGUAAUGGGUCACCCAUUCUGCAAAAAUUCUCAGUAAAUAGCCUUCAUGUAGUCAGUAAGAGCAAUAAAACUACGAGCACUUCACACACGCCACAGCCUAUUGAGCCUCCUGAACGAGAUAUUAACACUACUCCUAAGAAAGUUUCGAAAGUUGAACAUGGAACUGAAGAUGAACUUUGGUUUGAUGGCAAAAAGCCUGAAAGACAAAUAAUUGAUCUGUUGAAAGUCGCAUUUGACAUUAGUAAAAUGGAUCCCCUUUUAUCUGGGCCCUUUCCUGACAUGACUAUGACAGAUGGACCUUCUUCCCUCAGUUCUAAAAGUUUUACCGGCUCUCUGAAUAAUAUCCACAGCGAGAGCGUCAAAGAUGCGCCUCGUUUAGUUCGCCAACGCUCCUAUACAGUCCUCAAUCCGAGUCCGCAGCUUCUCGCUCAUUUAAAAGUGCAGUCUCUGAGCACUGGAGUGGAAGUUACCUCCAUUUCCAUGAGUGACUCAUUAUCAAACCUAGCUACACCAAAGAAACGGAGGAGUUGGGACUUGGAGUCAGCUAAAAUCAAAUGGUCAUCCAUGGCACAUGAGCUGAGGCAAAAAACAACACAACCUAAACCGAGUGAAAGCAAAAUGUUAUCUAAAUCUGCAGUUAAAAAACCUCAGCAAACUUCGAUCAGAUCUAAGUCUGUAUGCGAUAAGCCGAGACGAGCCAGUUUGCCUGGAAAAACUCUAAAAUCCGAACCUGUGCAAAACCCUAAAAAAUGCAAUCCAAGUCCAUAUGCCAAAACAAAUUCUACAAGUGCAAAAGAACCAAAACCGGUCACCAAUAAUCAACCUUCACCAAAAAAACUCAUAUCAGAAUGCGAAGACCCGCAAGUAAAGUAAAAGAGUUGUACGAGAGGAUUCAAAGUCAGCAGAUACAGCAGAUGGCAAAUUUAGUCGAGAAGCAAAAGCGAGAGCAAAUGUUGCUUCAGCAAGCUUUCGACGAGCAGAACAGAAUACUGUACCGACAACUGAAAACUAUCUGCCCCAAAUCGCCCGUCGAAGCGAAAGCCGCGUGGGCCGACAAAGUGGACCGCGGCCCCGUCAGUCUGAGCCAGUUAAUAAACCAUAAGUCACCCGACUCCUUGACUAGCACUCUGACGGACACCCACAAUAAUUUAAGCAAGUGCGCCGAAGUUUUAAAAAAGAGUAAAGAUAUCACAUGUAGUAUAAAGAAACAGAAUCAAGUCGAAAGCGGUACAGGUGGUAGUGAAACGCGCACUCACUCACCUAAGCGGACGAGAACUUCUAGAAAGCUAAGUUACGAUACGUCUUCGGACAGAGAGUUCGAGCCGGUACUGACGGAUCGAACGAGCGACACGCUGGCGGGGCUGAACGUGACCUUCACGUCGGACAGCGACGAGCCCACCUUCAUGGAGAAGCAGGCGCUGGCAGGCGGCGCGGCGGCGGCGCGCAGCGGGGACAACUCUGCGAAGGUGACGGCCCGUAGGCCUGUCGUCACCAGGCUGCCACCGACGCCUGAACAGUUGGCCGCGUCCUCCAUCAUAGUGGCUCACGCGAAGGGCUACCUCGUGCGUCGCUUGCUGCGUACAGAGAGGGUGCAGGCUACCGUCCAGACGAUUAAAGACGCCCUGCUGUGUGCGUUGCAAAUGCAUCAGGAUAGAGCGGGGAUCAGAGGGGCUGAUGUGGACUUGCACCGACGGCUUAUUCAGCAGAUAACAGCGGCGUGCUACUCGCUGCACGACACAUUCGUGGCCAGCACGUCGGCCGAGCGUUGCGCGCUCAUCGCGGCGGACCGCGAGCGGCGGUGGCAGAAGCCACUCCGGCCGCACAGGACGGACGUAAUGUCGCAAAGCCACAGCGGCGCGUUUCCGGCGCGCGCGCCGCGGCCCAGCUCGCACUCGCUGAUGACGCAGUCCAACUACGGUAACGCACACUAAAUGACACACUGUGGAGAGACGUUUAGCGGCACGAAGCUGAACUCGCGUUACAUGCCGUCCCCGCGGCGCCGCCCGUGGCGCUGACGACCGCUGUGCUUCUCGCAACUCUGCUUCCCUGGUACCUAGCAUACAGUGUAUUCCUAUUUGUACUUGCUUGAGACAAAAGUAUAUUCAGCAAUUCACGAGAAUGUCCUUUAGGAAUACGUUUGCCAUGUAUGGCAGCUACUCAAUCGAAUCAGUGAAGCUCGAGAAAAUAGGUACUGCCAAUUUGUUGACUAAGUCAUGAAAGAUUGUCAGGCACAAAAUCGCUCUUAGCGUUUUCAGAAGUAUUAGGAGAAUUGUAUUUCGUGAAGGACAUUCUCGUGGAAUGCCCCAAUUACUCUAGACAUUCGACUGAAUUUUAAUGCCAAGACGCUCAUGCUCACAGUGCGCGCCGUAAUGCUUCUCACGACUCUGCUUCCCUAAACGAUUAGAUAGAGAUCCUUUGAGUUCCUUAGGUCUAAAUUUUGCAGCCGAAAAACCAUCUUGAUAUUUAUGAAAUAAUAGAACGGAAUUUGGAUUGUCAAAUCGAACGAAAAUAUGUCGUCUACGGGACUUAAGGUUCUGUAACUUACGAUCUUCGGUUGGCUAAAAACUCGAUGCAUUUUAUUUCGGAAACGGCUUUAACCCAUUUCCUGACACAGAUUUAUCAAGCAUUGUUAUUAAAAUUUUAACCUAUUCAAACCGCAAUGAAGAUAAAAUUAGACUGGACUUUCACUUUGUAACUCGUCUUUAAAUCUCCAAAGUGAAAAAGUUUGUAUUUUCCGGAACAGUUAUUUAGAUUAAGUGCUUGGAAAAGGGUUAAAAUGACUGUUAAUUUAUUUAUUCUAUUGAAUACGAUAUUUCUUAUGAGAUUUUUAUUAUCAUAAAUAUUUAAUGCAAAAGAUCUCAUUGCUUCAGAUUGGUUUUGAAACAUCGCAUUUAUUUUGAAGUAUUUUAUUGUCAGCUAACUUAUUUUUAAAAUUUAUAGAAACUUUUUAGAUAAUUCUAGAUUUAUUUUUCGAGUAAGGUGCUGUACCUAAGUUGUCACAAAAUAAUGUCACAUUAUUAAAAAAAAAACAAAAUGCGCAUUUCAAACACCUAAGUAGCAAAAUUUAAGUUUAACGAGAGAUUAGUGGCAAAACUGUAACUGUUAUCAUUAGUUGUCAGAGCGGACCCCAGGCUCCCAUGAGCCGUGGCGAAUGCCGGGAUAACGCAAGGAGGAUGAUGGCUGUAGGUAUAUCAUGUCAUGUAUUAUGUAUCGUAUAAUCAAUCGUUUCGACGUGUCUCUCUAUUAUUAUAAAAGACAUUGUAGUUCUCUAAUAUUUUAUGCCUUUAAGUGAUACUAUUUUAUGGCUGUAAAAUGUUUCUAUAGCGAAACUUCCAAAAUUAUGUGCCUAGCUUAACGCACGAAUUGUAGUUUUAUUAUCGGGAUGUAUCACAAAAUUAGAUGUAAAACUUGCCUUAAAUUUAAUAAUAAUUGUAUUUUGGUGAAACCGAAAUUCGUUUUAGGCUUUUGGUGAUUUUAUAUCGUAUUGCACUAUUUGCUGAUAAAAACGACUGAUCUGACAAGGUCUCGUAAAAUUUUUCAACUUUCUUAGAUUUAUCUUUUAUCUUCAAGUAUUUUUGAUCUUAUACCUAUUACGACAUCGGAUUAGAGAGAGUAAAAUGUAAUGGAGCUCUAAUAUCGAUAAACUCGGUUAUCGAUAUUUUUUUCUACAUGAGACGACGAAGUAAAAAAAUAACUCAUGUCAUUAAAUAACGCUCUCUAAAGUCUUAAUUUCUUUGAAAUCACAAUUUUUAUUUAAAAAAUGCAACUAAUUCUCUAGUCAUAUCUUUUUAAUAUCACAGUGGGAGAUUUUAACUUGUCUAUAUAUAGUGUCUAACAACAUCAUGUUAAACUCAAAUGUAUACUGUGUCCUGUAAUUUUAGAAGGGGAUAAUGCCAAAAUGUAUGUCUAUGAGCUUGUACGUAACUUUUUAUAUCUUGACAACGCCUGUACGGUUUUCUAUAACCCGUUUGAAUAUGAACCCCCUAAAAAGUGAGAUUAUUUUGUAAUAUUAUUGUGAAACAAUUCUGCAAUAAAAGUAAUUAUAUGUACUGAAA